GAGUGACGAAAAUAAACACAAGCUUCUGUUUCUGGGUGGGAGGCGAGAAGAGCCGAAUCAGCUCCGAUUAUUACACCAAAAACACUCCUUAUUCCUUUUAUUUCAGUAGAAAUGUGUCCGCCUGUGACUCCGAGUCUUUAAUUGUGACCGGUCGGUGCAGGAAGAGUAAAAGUUAAUCCGAAGUAGAGGAGCUCUGAGGAGCAACAUGGCUCAGGAGACCAAACAGACCCAGGCGCCCCUGCUCUGCCCCACGGGCUGCGGUUUCUAUGGAAACCCGCGCACCAACGGCAUGUGUUCCAUCUGCUAUAAAGACUCCCUGCAGAGGCAGAACGCCAGCGGCAGGGUCACGGAGUCAGUGUCACCGAGCCCGAGCGGUUUGGAGAAGUCUCCGUCCUCUCCGUCCUCCACAAUCACGCCGUCCUCAUCACCGCAACACAACAGCACUCAGAGUCUCGUGACUUCAGCGGACGUCUCACAAACAGAGCAGGAACCAGGAACCUCAGCGCAGCAGGAACAGACAGACAGCGCAGGAACGUCCUGUAGUGCAGCGGUAGCCAGCGUUCAGAGCGCUAGCACGGGAAAGAGGAAGCUAGACGAGAUCCUUCAGCUAGAUGGAGAAAGUGUUUCAGGCUCAGACGCGCCGCUGCAACCCCCCAGCACAGAGUCGGACGAAUCCAAACCCAGAAAGAACCGCUGCUUCACCUGCCGCAAGAAAGUGGGUCUUACAGGUUUUGACUGCCGCUGUGGGAACUUGUUCUGCGGCGCGCACCGAUACUCGGACGUUCACAGCUGCAGCUUCGACUACAAGGCCGACGCCGCCGAGAGGAUCAGGAAAGAAAACCCGGUCGUCAUGGGUGAAAAGGUCCCAAAGAUCUGAGCGCCGGCUCACGGACGAACCCGAUCCCUUUACUCCGUUUAUCCCCUGCACCGCGGUACCCCUGGAACUCUAAACCACAGAACCAGCACAGACCUCCGAAUCACGUGUGCCACGCCCGAACGCUUUAUUACAGAGCUCCUGAUUCUC